AGGAUCUAAAAGUGUCCUUAAAGUUAAUUAAAGGAUUCCUUAAAAAUUAAAAAAAGGGUGAGAAGUGUUAGAAGAAAGUGAAUCUGCAAUCCCCAGAAGCUCCAUUAAAAGCUACAAAUUGAUGACAUUUCCUUCAUUUUCAAAUUUCUUCAAUGAUUCUUUCAUAAAUUCAAUCAUCCAUUAUUCAUUCAGUUUCAGCAUUGAUUUGAAUUGAUUGGAAAAUGGGAGCCAUUUUCCUGGCUGCUUCUGCUAUGCACUCCACCUCCACCUUUCAUUUGCUUCAUAAAAAUGUUUCAAAUUAUUGUCUGCUUCACAAUCCUAAGAUCUUUCCACGGACAAGGAGAUUGUAUAAUGGCCACUGGCAUUGUAAACAGAAACCUGUUGUUUUAUCAAGUACACAGGACGAUUCAAAUGCUACAUUCACAGGUGUGGUCAACAGUGGAGAUGAUCUUUCAUCUCAAAGAGCUCAAGUGUUGGAGGAUGAAGAAAAUGAGUUAAUUGCUGCUAAGAUGGCUCUUUCUGAGGCCCGAUCCAAACACCAAGCACUUGAGAAAGAAAGAGAUCAGUUACUCGAAGAGUUGGCUAGAUCUGAGGCUAAGCAGCAAGAGUAUGCUGCUACCAUAGUGCAUGACAAGGAAUUGGCAGUUUCAGAACUUGAGGCAGCUAAAUCACUGUUCCAUCAGAAGCUGCAGGAGACAGUAGAAGAGAAGUUCACUUUAGAAUCUAGGCUGGUUCUUGCAAAGCAAGAUGCUCUUGAGCUUGCAGUGCAAGUUGAAAAGUUGGCGGAAACUGCUUUUCAGCAAGCAACAUCUCAUAUUCUAGAAGAUGCUCAAAUGAGGGUAGCUGCUGCUGAAACUACUGUUGCUGAAGCAGCGUUUCAGAUUGAAGAGAAAAUCAGGAAUGCAACUGAAGAUACUAUACUUUCAAUUGUUGAACAGUCAAAAGAUGCUAUAGCGAAGGCCCUUGAUGUGGCAGAAAAAGCUGGUGACCAUGCAGCAAAAGCAGUGGCUAUCUUUUCUGAUGGUAUUAAUCCAGUUGAUGAGAUUGCUUCCAUGAAGUUAGAGAAUAUUAGAUUAGAAGGUGUUGUAAAUGGUUUAGAAUCUCAGUUGUUAGUAACAAGAAGUCAGGUUGAUAAGUUGAAGGCGGAAUUGGACCAGGUUCGAUCACAAGCUAAAGCCUAUGAAGUCCGAGCCAAUGAUGCUGAGAAAGCUUUGCUUGAAUUUCAGGAGACAAACAGGAAAAAGGCUACCCAGCAGGAAGAAAACAUUAACUCUUUGCUGGAGAAAAUGAAGAAGGAUGCUGCAGAAAAAAAGAAGGCAGCAUCAAGGGCUUUUAAGUCUGAAAUAGAAAGCAUAAAGGCGAUUAUUGAAGCUGCUAAAGAAACAGCGUAUUCAAGAGAAAAUGCUUACAUGAAGAGGUGUGAAUCAUUGCAUAGAUCAUUAAGGGCCUCUGAAUCCGCUUCAAAAAUGUGGAGGCAGAGAGCAGAAAUGGCAGAGUCACUAUUUUUAGAUGAUGAAAAGGAUGAAGACACUAUCUACAUAGUUAAUGGUGGGCGCAUAGAUCUUUUGACUGAUGAUGAUUCACAGAAAUGGAAGCUUUUGAGUGAUGGUCCUCGAAGAGAGAUGCCUCAAUGGAUGGCAAGAAGGAUCGGGACUAUUCGUCCCAAGUUUCCACCAAAGAAAACUAAUGUAUCUGACGCAUUGAUAUCAAAAUUCAGACAUUUGGAUUUGCCCAAACCUAAUGAAGUAUGGUCAAUUGCUCAAGAAAAGCCAAAGGAAGGGGACACACUAAUUGAUCAUGUAACUGAGAAAGAAACGAUAGAGAAGAAGAGGAAGUCCUUAGAACGUGUUCUCCAACGGAAGACAAUACAAUGGCAAAGAACCCCAGAACAAACAAAAUUGGAACCAGGAACUGGAACAGGGCGUGAGAUUGUGUUUCAAGGUUUCAAUUGGGAAAGCUGCAGAAGACAGUGGUAUAUGGAUUUAGCUCCUAAAGCUGCUGAUUUAUCUCAAUGUGGAGUGACGGCAGUAUGGCUCCCACCACCCACACAAUCAGUUGCUCCUCAAGGUUAUAUGCCGUCGGAUCUCUACAACUUGAACUCGGCUUAUGGCUCUGAGGAAGAAUUGAAACACUGUAUAAAGGAAAUGCAUUCUCAUGAUAUUUUGGUCUUGGGAGAUGUUGUGCUUAAUCAUCGGUGUGCGCACAAACAGAGUUCAAAUGGUGUAUGGAAUAUAUUUGGAGGAAAACUUGCAUGGGGACCUGAAGCAAUUGUUUGUGAUGAUCCAAAUUUCCAGGGUCGUGGAAAUCCUUCAAGUGGUGAUAUCUUCCAUGCAGCUCCUAAUAUUGAUCAUUCUCAAGAAUUUGUAAGAAAAGACGUAAAGGAAUGGCUAAAUUGGCUUAGAAAUCAUAUUGGUUAUGAUGGGUGGCGGCUUGAUUUUGUAAGAGGUUUCUCAGGUACAUAUGUCAAAGAAUAUAUUGAGGCUUCAAAUCCUGCAUUUUCUAUAGGAGAAUACUGGGAUAGUUUAGCUUAUGAACAUGGUAGCCUGUGUUACAAUCAAGAUGCUCAUCGGCAAAGGAUAAUCAAUUGGAUCAACGCCACCAGUGGUACUUCCUCAGCAUUUGAUGUCACAACAAAGGGAAUUCUCCAUUCUGCUCUGCAUAACCAAUAUUGGAGGUUAAUAGAUCCUCAAGGAAAACCAACAGGAGUGAUGGGAUGGUGGGCUUCACGUGCUGUCACAUUUUUAGAGAACCAUGAUACAGGAUCGACACAGGGACACUGGCCGUUCCCACGAGAUAAACUGGCACAGGGAUAUGCGUAUAUUUUGACCCAUCCCGGAACGCCUGUGAUCUUCUAUGAUCAUUUCUAUGAUUUUGGAAUCCGAGAAAUAAUCACGGAGCUUGUCGAGGCUAGAAGACGGGCAGGAAUCCAUUGUCGGAGUUCAGUCAAGAUAUACCAUGCCAACAAUGAAGGUUAUGUUGCACAGAUUGGUGAUACACUAGUGAUGAAGCUUGGACAAUUUGAUUGGAACCCAUCAAAGGAAAACAAUCUGGAAGGAAGCUGGCAAAAGUUUGUUGAUAAAGGAGAAGAUUAUCAGCUAUGGUUAAGACAGUAGUUUGAUUUAACAAGGAUAUUUAUAUUUUCUCUUAUUUAAAAACUUGUAUCAUUUCCAAAGGCAAUCAUAAAAAAAUUGCAACUUUUAUAUCAACUUUUACCUUGCAUAUUAAUAAUGUGAUAUAAUUAAUUA